UGUAAACCCUCUGGCUUCACAUCAAACCUGAAACGAUGGCUAUCUACAGUGUUUGACACUGCCAAAAUUCUGGGAAGUUGCAUAAGGAGGUCGAAAAUUAGCCAAAUUGUAGAUUCAGUUGAUGUAAACCAGUCCGAAUCUGAUCAACUGACUGACCAUGAAUCGAUCGACUAUCCUUUCUACAUUGAUGGAGUAGUUGAGAUCCUACAAAAAUGGACUCUAGACGAAGAUGAAGACAUUUCUAUUGCUUCUGUCCCCAAAGACGAAGACUUCUAUGCACAAGCGUCUUCAAUUGUCAGUGUCCUUAUGGAGACUAUGGUAAACUAUUCCCUGACAGAUCCAAGGACCUUCUCCCUGCAUCCUCCUGACAUGAGUGCAGUAGUGAAUCCAGUCAGAGACUUCUUGAUCAAACACAUCCCAGGUCCACAUGAACAAAUGUGGUUGCACUUCUUUGAAUUUGCUUCAGACAAAGUAAACACAACUGUGCAAACUCUGAGAAGGAAAGCCACUUAUUCCUUUUUUUUCAGUUUGGAAGACCCUGAGGAAGAGAAAACGUACACUCCCGUGAACCAAGACUUCGUCAUAGAUAAAUGUGUGGAUCUGUUUCAUAGCAUCAAUGAGUUACGUGAACCAAGUCUUCAGGACAGUAUCACCUGCUGUGGACUUCUUGAGGAGUUUUCACAAGAGUUGAUUGAAAUUUUGUUUCAGGAUGCAAUGCAUCAGUAUCAACAGAUUCUUCUCACUACCCCUCGAGCUUUGUCGAGAAAUGAAAAGAAUCAUCUCCACAAAGUCACAAUAGAAAUUGUGGAGACACUUGUGGCCGAAAUGCUACUGUGGUUCAAAAUAAAUCUGACUCACAGUGACAGAGUUUCUGGAGCUCUGGAAGACAUUGAAAAUCUGAUGGUGUAUCAAGAAAGGAUAAUAUCCACUUCAUCAAUGGAAGAUGAGUUAUCUUGUGAUGAGCUCUCUAAUGUAUCAUCGGAGGAAAAUGAGCUCUCUGAUGUAACACCAGGGGAAAAUGAGUUAUCUAAUGAAGCAUCAUGGGAAAAUGACUUCUCCAGUGCAACAGAAGAUAAACAUGAAAACGACCACUGUUGGAGCUCAAGUUCUCCUUGCGAAAGGGUUUUUGAAACUGAAUUAUUUGAGUUUCCAAAACCAGGAGAAAUUCCAAAAGACUCCAACACCAUGGUCAUUUUACUACUUGUGUGGGCUCUGUCAUACUAUAUGAAAAAAACAAAAAGAAGUCAAGAGAAGGACGAAAUCCAAACCAUCAUACAGCAUCUUUCGGAUCUAACCUUGCCAGACAAUAAUUCUGAGCUUUUAUCCAAAGAGGAGGAAAUGAGGGAAAUCCUUGAGACCCUCAGGAAAUACUUGGGCUCUUCAGAGGGUCUCUUGAAGGCUACAAUGGCAUUAGAGGACCCAUCAUUUAUUCAAACCAUCAUUGCUUGCCUCAAGGAGAAGCUCAAUGUGACAACUGAACCUCGCAAGAAAAGCAGAGCCAAGAUUUUUUUCUCACAAGUAGGAAAAGUCAUGACUAGGUUUUUCAGAUGUUUGUUUAAGACUUCAGAGUAGCUUUUUUUUCUCCAACUUUAUGGUUGGGGCUACUCCUACUGUACCAGAAAGGGAACUUUUCUGUCCGUGUUUAGGGCCAAAUUAGUUUUAGUAGGAGAAAAAUGUGAUAUUUGAAAGAAAUUAUCAUAUGGGGUAGCUGUAGAGUGGGAGUGCAUAUGAUUGCAGCAAGGGCUCUGAAUUAGCUUUUUUUAGUUAGUAGUGGCUAGUAACAUCAAAAGUUUACCAGCCAAAUUAGAUUUCCAGUAGGAAAACAUUUCUCUGGAAUAAAGGAUGUAUUUGAAAGUAAGCAGUUAUUCUUUUGGUUAAAAAAAAAAAAAUUAAAGAGUAGCCUUAUUUCAGGUUUUAUAACAAUACAGAAUUUUACUAUUUUACUUAUGUCAGUGGUAACAUUCAUAUGCUUGUAGCAAGGGCUCUAAAUGAGCUUUUUUAGUUAGUAGUGGCCGGUAACAUUAAAAGUUUACCAGCCAAAUUAGAUUUCCAGUAGGAAAACAUUUCUCUGGAAUAAAGGAUGUAUUUGAAAAGUAAGCAGUUACUCUUUUGGUUAAAAGAUCAAAAAAGAAAAAUUAAAAAUUAAAAGAGUAGCCUUAUGUCAGGUUUUAAAACCACACAGAAUUUUACUCUUCUUUUUUUACUAUUUUACUUAUGUCAGUGGGAAAUUUCAAAUGCUUGUAGCAAGGGCUCUAAAUGAGAUUUUUUAGUUAGUAGUGGCCGGUAACAUCCAAAGUUUACCAGCCAAAUUAGAUUUCUGGUAGGAAAACACUUCUUUGGAAAAAAAGGAUGCAUUUUAAAUUAGCAGCUAUUCUUUUGCUUAAAAAAAAGAAAGGAAAAAAAA